GACAAGCACAGUGGUCGCGCCCACUAGAGACAAUGGUAGCGUGAACAAAUAAAACAAAGACGUAAACAUUAAGUUUAAAACUUGAGAUGGAUCGAGAGCUGCCGCGAAGUUUGUAUCCCGAGACACAGUUACAAAGUGAAGUGCUGCCAUCAGACGUCCUCAAGGUGGUCGUUGUGAAAGAGGAGCAGCAGGAGGAGCCAGAGCCCCCUCAGCUGAAAGAGGAAGAGGAGGAGUCUGACAUCAGCCAGUUCCAGGUGAAGAGUGAAGAAGAUGAAGAGCGAGCCGAGUGGUCACGGCUUCAUGGCGGCAAGGAGGCGACGAGUCGACAAGAAGCCGACCUUAUCUUGGGCUCGCUGGUUCAGGCUGACGACGUGACGUCGGACUCUGGUGAGACGGACGUCAGCGAUGACAACUGGAUCAGUACCACCGCGCCCGCUUUAAACCCCGGCGACCCCAGAGAAGCGGCUGCGAGCGAGAAGUUCGAGCCUCACGAAGCGUCGUUGACGUGCUCGCAGUGUGGGAAAACCUUCUUGUCCAAGUCGAGCCUGAAAUGGCACAAGAAGGUCCACGCUGAGAAACUCUUCAGUUGCAUCGUUUGCAGCAAAAGGUUCCGGAAGCGCUCGGAUCUGGUGGUUCACUUCCGGAUCCACACCGGGGAGAAACCCUUCUCCUGCUCCGUUUGCGAGGCCAGCUUCGCCAAGAGCAACGCGUUGGUUCAGCACAUGCGGACGCACACCGGCGCCAAGCCUUUCAGCUGCUCCGUUUGCGCCAAGAGUUUCUCUCAAAAAGGUCACAUGAACAUACACAUGCGCACGCACACCGGCGCCAAACCUUUCUCCUGCUCGCUGUGCGGGCGAACCUUCUCCGAGAAGGGUCACUUGACCAGACACAUGGCGGCGCACUCCGGAGAGAAACCGUACGCCUGCUCAGUGUGCGGCAAAAGGUUCUCUCAGAAGGGUCACAUGACCACGCACAUGGUGGCCCACACCGGAGAGAAACCGUUCGGCUGCGACGUUUGCCAGCAGCGCUUCACCUGGCACUCGCAGUUUAAAAGACACAAGUGUGUUGAGGGGAAGAGCGCCACCUAGUGGUUCUGUCAUUGUCAUGUGGCACUUGCAAAACAUUUAUUCCACUUCUAACUUAAUAAACGACUAAAGUAUUGCAUGUUCGCACUGCUUUUGUCAGACCUCCUCUCAGGUUUGUAUGUUGUGACACAUAAAACAUAAGCUUCCUUCUUCCUCUUUCCUGCUGGUCUACCAGUACUGUGGCUGUCGCCAUGGCAACGCUACAUUUAGUCCUAACUCAUCAUGUAGAUACAUUUAUUCAGUGAUGUGCUGUGAGGUUCAUGGCUGGUGAGGUGAGGCUCUGAAUCAGCCGCUUCAUUUCGAAGUCGGAAGAGGGCAUGGACAUGCAACUGCCAGCUCACGUACCUCAAGUUGAUCCAGUGUACUGAGUGUAUAUUCCGGCCAGACAAAAUAUACCCAAACUUUCCGGGCAGCAAGCUGUUAGCUGCUAACAUUCAGCAUACAAUUAAUUCUGAUACACGUUUACUUGCUUCCUUCUACUUCUGUUCCGUGAUAUGUCACACACAAUCUCUAAUGAAAAAAUUCGCCCUGCAGGCCCUACUCAGAAAACAGCAUUUUCAGUGAGUAAUGAAAAUGUUUACAUGACCCUUCAUUACGCAGACGAUACACGGCUCAAACCGGAUGACAUAGACCCAGACACCAUUUUUUCCCACACAAUUAGCAGUAUUUGUCACUAUUACAAAGUGGAACAAUAAAAACAUACAUUCAGAAGAUAGGCUAUCUAUGAUACGCAUCAAUGGGACGGCGUGGCGUGCCAGCAACUUGAGGGUUCCUGGUUCGAUCCCCAGCUUCUACCAACCUAGUCACAUCCGUUGUGUCCUUGAGCAAGACACUUCAUCUUUGCUCCUGAUGGGUCGUGGUUAGUGCCUUGCAUGGCAGCUCCCGCCAUCAGUGUGUGAAUGUGUGUGUGAAUGUGGAAAUAGUGUCAAAGCGCUUUGUACCUUGAAGGUAGAAAAGCGCUAUGCAAGUACAACCCAAUUACCAUUAUCAAUAGCAAAAGCAUGUACGCCAACUUCCUGAGAUAAUCAACCUUUUAAAGUAAUUACAAUUUCAGAGACAUGGCUUGAUGUAGAAAGGGGACUCACGUUUGAGUUGGAAGGAUAUGAAUUUAACUACAUCAACAGAAAUCAAAAGCAGAAAGUGGGGAUGGAUCAGCCAUACACUUAGGAAGGAUCCGAGAAACAUAGUGCCCUGGACUAUAAUCCUCAAGGCAAGAGGAAGCCAGGGAGACCAAAAUCCAACUGGAGGUGGUCCACUCUUGAUGAACUGACCAAGAUGGGGACCUCCUGGCAAGAAGUGAAGACCAUCGCGCAGAAGAGAGUGAGGUGGAGAUCCAUGGUGGACGCCCUAUGCUCCCAAGGGGGCCAAGACGAUUAAGACUAAGACUAAGAAGAACAGAAACCAUAAGAGUGGAGGCGGAGUAGGGGUAUAUAGUAUAUAGUAAAAUAAUAACUUUUAAGUAGUAAAAGAUUAAACAAAGGCUAUUGAUAACAUACCAGAAUGUAUAACAAUAGAAAUCCACCAGGAGAAGAACUAUUGUUAUAGUCAGCUGCUUAUACAGAAGACCAAAAUCAGUCAGAGAAAUGCAUGGACAGGAUCAAUACAACUUACACAAGUAAUAACCUCAAAUGUUUUUAUACGCGGGGAUGUUAACAUACAUACAUGUUCAAAAUCAUUUGACACAAUCACAAUAUCCUAAUCGACAAAUGAGAACGAGACGGCAUUAGGGGAUUGGUCUGAAUUGGGUGAAAAGCUAACAAACAGGAUAGGAGAAUACACAUCUGACUGCUUAGUUAUUGUUGUUAUUAGAUCAAGGGUCACUUCUGGGCCAAAAACUAUUACAUCUAGACCUCAAGUUAAAACUAUUUGCAGAUGUCACCUUCUGCUCGAGAAAUCAUGAAAAUAGUGCAGGUAUAAAUGAAAAACCUAAAACUGUUUUGAUGAAAACCGAUUACCUUUAAGUAGUAGUAAAAUAUUGUUAUUUGGAAAAGAUAAGACAAAUAGUCAAACACAAAUACAAAUAAAUAGGGUAGACAUUGACAUAGUGCAAGAAAACUGACUUUAAGGAGUCAUAAUAGAUAAUAAAAUGAGCUGGAAACCACUCAACAUGCCUACUCAGUGGCCAAGUGGUUAGAGUGUCCGCCCUGAGAUCGGUAGGUUGUGAGUUCAAACCCCGGCCGAGUCAUACCAAAGACUAUUAAUAUGGGACCCAUUACCUCCCUGCUUGGCACUCAGCAUCGAGGGCUGGAAUUGGGGGUUAAAUCACCACGGCACCGCUGCUGCCCACUGCUCCCUUCACCUCCCGGGGGUGAACAAGGGGAUGGGUCAAAUGCAGAGGACAAAUUUCACCACACCCAGUGUGUGUGUGACAAUCAUUGGUACUUUAACUUUAACAACAUGGUCUUUUUUAUAGCGCUUUACUAUACCUGCACAAUACCCAAAGCACUUUACACUAUACGUCACAUUCACUCAUUCACACACCCAUUCACACACUGAUGGCAGAAGCUGCCAUGCAAGGCGCUAACCAUGACCCAUCAGGAGCAAAGCAGGUCAAGUGUCUUGCCCAAGGACACAACGGAUUCAAACCAGGAACCCUUAAGUUGCUGAAACAGCUGCUCUACCAUCUGAGCAACGCCGUCUAUAAAGUGCAAGAACAUUUCAGUAUUGAGUAAGACGAAAGAACUUCUGAAUCAAAAGUCACUUCAUACUCUGUACUGUUCUUUGGUGUUACGAUACCUGAGUUAUCGUGUGGAGAUAUGGGGGAAGGAUUCAAAUAGUCCUGCAGAAAAGAUCGGUCAGAAUUAUACACAAAUAGAGAACACACAUAUUAUUUGUUCAUUAAUUCUGAAUAAUUGAAACUUGCGACGAUUUGUCACUUCAUGUCUGGUUAUGUUUCCUUAGUUGAUGUUUAUUUCCUGUCAGCGCUCUUAUUUUUGUUCCACUACCUGCAUGUCUCACUGAACGCUCGUUUUCCUCACCUGUCCCUGAUUGGCAGCCUGCACACCUGGUUGAAGUUGCCAAUCAGGCUGCUAUUUAUGCCUGCCUCACCUGUUCGUCAGGGCUGGAGGACUGAUUAUGUUGAGGACCAUUUGCUGCAGGCAUGACUGCUCCUCCUAUUUUGACUUCAAUAAAAGAC